UGUUUGCUUCUUUCAUCUCCAGGGACCAGCGACCCAUAUGUGAAGUUUAAAAUCGGAGGGAAGGAAGUGUUCAGAAGCAAGACGAUCCACAAAAAUUUAAACCCAGUGUGGGAUGAGAGAGUUAUCCUUUUGGUGGAAACUCUCAGGGAGCCUCUAUAUGUCAAGGUGUUUGACUAUGACUUUGGACUUCAGGAUGAUUUCAUGGGGUCAGCAUAUCUACACCUGGAGUCACUGGAACAUCAAAGGACGCUGGAUGUGACUCUGGACCUGAAGGACCCACAGUACCCUGAGCAUGACCUGGGUAGCCUGGAACUCACCGUCACUCUGUCACCAAAGGAAGGAGACAUAAAGGAUGCUACCAUGCUUUUGAGAAGAAACUGGAAACGAUCUAGUAAGUAUCAGAGUAUGAGGCUCUCGGAUGUGCACAGGAAAGCCCAGCUCUGGCGAGGUAUCGUCAGCGUCAGUCUAAUCGAAGGUCGCAACCUGCAGCCCAUGGACGCCAAUGGCUUCAGUGAUCCUUAUGUCAAGUUCAGGAUGGGUCAUCAAAAGUACAAGAGCAAGACAAUUCCCAAAACACUAAACCCGCAAUGGAAGAGAGCAGUUUGAUUUCCAUCUGUAUGAAGAGCAGGGAGGCUACGUGGACAUCACAGUCUGGGACAAAGAUGCUGGCAAGAAGGAUGACUUCAUGGGCAGGUGUACUAUCGACCUGUCACUUCUCAGUAAAGAACAAACUCACAAGCUGGACUUGCCGCUGGAGGAAGGAGAAGG